AUGCCUCGACUAUCACUAACGAGUCUCUUCGGAGCUGAUCCGUCUACCGAUGACAAGCACCACUUCGAGACAUCUUGGAUCCUGCCCCCGGCCAUCCUCGCCGGUCUUCGUGGUCUGAUCUCAUUGUACAUUUUCACCACCAUCUUCGUCUUCUGGGGCUGGUUUGGCACCCACGAUGAGCGCGCUUUGAUCGGACAGUCCUUCAGCUACUUCACCUGGCUGACGUACUGGGGUAUCGGCUUCUACAUGCUAUUCGCUGCGAUCCAUACAGCCUGCUAUGCACGAACAGGCCAUUCGGUUCUUUUCGACCGCUUGCCGCGCGCCUUUCGCGUACUACACAGCCUGUUGUAUGUGACAAUCACGACGUAUCCGUUGAUCGUUACGGUUAUCUUCUGGGCUCUCAUCUUCACUCCGCCCUGGUUUACGGAGACAUUUUCCGCCUGGCAAAAUAUCUCUCAGCAUGGCCUUAACUCUGCCUACGCCCUACUGGAAAUCCUCCUCACAACCACGGCGCCGCACCCAUUCAUUGCACUCCCAUUCCUAAUCCUCAUGCUCCUAUUCUACCUCUGCGUCGCAUACAUCACCCACGCAGCACAGGGCUGGUAUCCGUACACCUUCCUCGACGUCGGCGACCAUGGACAGAAGAGCGGUCGUGUGACGGGAUACUGUUUUGCCGUCUUGGCUGCGGCUCUGGUUUUCUUCUUCGUUUCCUGGGCGCUAAUUCAUUUGCGUCGCCGGCUGACGCAUGGUAAGAUUAAGCGGGCGAGACGUGAUCCGCUGUGCGCACAGGAUGCUUUUGUCGGGGCGUGUGUUGAUGAGCAAUCGGAUGAGGUGAAGGAUGUGCCGGUUUGA